UCCUCCUUCCCUCCUCCUCCUUCCAACCCUUCUUCCAUCUGUCAGUGGAGGAGGAUGGAUCGAGGAAGCCCAGCCAGGGGCCAGUCCCUGCACCAGUCGGUGGGUCUUCUCGCCAUCUCGGCAGGUGCCCUGUUAUUGUUGGUGCAUUUCUACAGCUUCACGCGGCCGGUGCCUUUGCUCUCCGAAACGGCCCUUGGGACCCUCCUGCUCUUUCUCUCCUGCCUCAUCGGAUACGCAGGGAUACGGAAGUCUCUCCAAAAUGCCUCCAUUUUUGUCACCCUAUGUCUGACUAUAUCAGUCCUUUGGGCCAGUUAUGGGGCCAUUCAGGUGCUGGCCGGACAAGGGCUCCUCCAUGAUGCUACCGGUGUCCGCAAUGCAACCGUUCCGGGGCUGGCGGCCUUUAGCCUGGCCUUGCUUCUGGUGGCCUUGGUGGGCUUCCUCCAGAGAGAGGCCAUCCUGGCCGCAGUGGCCUUCUCCCUCUCCCUGGCCUGCGCCCAUGAAGUGGCCUCCUUCUACGAUGCCGCCUUUGGCUCGGCCGGAUCGGCUUGUGGCUGCUUGGCAGUCUGCCUGGUGGGGGGCUAUGCCGGCUUGGGGAGGGUCCUCUUCUUCCUCAGCAAGGGGGAUGUUGUUUUGCCCGGCACAAAUCUGGCUGAAAGAGGGGCCAAGGAGGGGUCGAAUGCGGUCAACAAUGACUUGGUCCCUUUCGGGCUCAUCCUCAACCUGCUAUCAGCCAGUGUCUUUGGCUGCCGGCUCCUGGGAGUGACCGCUGAGCUCUCCCUGGGUCAAGUCCCUUGGCUUUGGGCUGGAGGGCUCUGCCAACUGGGCAUCUCCAUCUCCUGCUACCGAACCGGGGAUGCCCUCCUGGCCAUCUUCUCCAGCUUCACAGCCGUCUUGAAGUUUGUGGCCGGCUACUCCCUCCUGGUCUUGCUCUAUGUGCCCGAAGUGCCCACCUUCCCCAUCCCAUUCUUCGUGGCCUUUGCCCUCCUCUUUGCUGUUUUGGCCAUAUUCCUUGCCCUCGAGAGCUUAGUCGACGGUGUUUAUCUCCUCUUCUAUGUAGCCUGGUGUAUUGCUUUGGCUUCUAGCCCCCAUGGCUUUUUUGACAGCGGCCCUCAAGGGGUUUCUGUAGCCAUUUUUGUGGCCUCGGCCCUCAUGGCUCUAGUCCAUCUUUAUAACAGGAAGGCUAGUGUCCGCAUCCCUCAGGGAGAGCGGCUGCUCAAGUCUCGGCUCUCAGGCCUUGGUGCUGUCAAGUUCUGGGAAGGUGAGGCUUCUCAUGCUCCGUACUUGGGCUACUCCAAAUACGCAGACGCGGAGGCCCUUGGCUAUGCUGGCAGCACAUUGGCUUCUUUUGCCAUCACGAUGACGGUCGGAUGGACCUCCCCACUCAGCACAGUGGUCAUCCCUUGUGUGGUCGUGGCCGGAGGGGCUGUGAAGCUCUUGUGUGCCUUUGUGGCCUUCUCUCGUGGAAAGACGUUGGAGAGCGGUAUCUUCAUCCUCUAUGGCUGUUUCUGGGUCAUCUGGGGCCUGGCCAGGUACGGGGGGUUCUAUGGCACGGCCCACGGCGGGGCCCACGUCCCCAUGACCCUCGUCUCCCUCCUGGUCCUCAAUGCCUUUCUUGCCUGCGGGACACUUUUCCUGGCUCUCUCCUGGUUUGCCUUGGUCUUGGCCUUCGAGCUCAUCCUUCUCAGCUUCCUUCUGGAUGCUUUGGGUGCCCUCCCCGCCGGAUACGACAUUGCCGUCACCAUCGUCUUUGGACUGGUCAGCUUCUACGGCUUCCUCUCUGCAAUGGUCAAUGGCACCUUUGAACGGCCUCAGCUGCCCAUCGGAAGGCCGAUCCUGAAGCUUCGUGGCUUCGGAGGAGGAAGCCCCCAAUGCCCCCACCUUCCGGCCAGGAAGGCCUCUUCGGUUAAGCAAGUGGCAGAGAUCAUGAAGCAAGGUGGGGCCUGUGGGAUCCCCACGGACACCGUCUACGUCCUGGCAGCCGCCUGCAACCGUCCGGAUGCUGUGGAGAAAGCCUACAACACUAAGCGCCAGGCCGAGGACCGUCCCAUGUCUCUCUGGAUUUCGAGCUUGAAGCAGCUGGAGCCGGUCAAGCGACUCUUCAGCCCCGUCCUCUGGGACUUCAUGGAGGCCGCCUGGCCCUCGCCCAUCAGCCUGGUGAUACCUCGAGGGGAAUGGCUGGACUACCUGGGCUUGAAGGACUCCGCCAAGUAUGUUGGCACUCCACAGAGCAUUGCCAUCCGCAUCCCAGAUUGCUCUGUCACCACCCACCUCAUUGACUUGGUCGGUCCGAUUACAGUCACGUCUGCCAAUCCCACUGGAGAAGCGGACACCACCCACCAUAACCAGGUGUUUGCCAAGCUGGGCAAUAAGGUGGAUGCUGUCUUAUGCGCAGGCCCUUCUCCAGAGAACAUUGCCUCCACAGUGGUGGACUGUACCAAAAUCGAGAGCGGGAAUAUUGGGUUCUUCCGAGUCGGCAUCGUCCCCAAAACCCAGGUCCUUCAGAUUUUUGAACAAGUGCAGAAGAAGCAUCAGUUGGGUCCUGUGAGCAACGGCACCACAGCAAUGGAGGAUAGCACUGAGGAUCCACAGAAAGGGAUGAAUGGCAGCCAUGUGUCAGUGGAGCCUCCCAUAGAGGCCAAUGGAACAUGCCACCCGGAAGAGACAGGGUCUUCUUCCUGAGCAAAGCUGGUCGAAAGGGGUUUGCCUUCAGAUGGACCCCAAAGCUAUUGUAGCAAUGAAAGAGAGGCUUCACCCUCGGUCUCUUUCCUUGGACAUCAAAUAUUCAUGGUUUUGUUUCUGAGCACCCAUGGCAUUCCCAUAAAACAACAUUAUGGACAGCUAUGCAUUAAGAGCUGGUGCCUGUGGAGCAGAGGAUCUGCUGUGGAUUUUAAUCCAAAUUUGAAGCUGAAACCCAUUUGCAAUGCGAUGCAACCUUUGCAGGAGGGUCUUUCAAUGCAAGAAGGGGAGGCAAUUGUCCUCUUUAUUCUCAAUUUUAAAUAUUUUUAAACACUUUUAAAGCCCAGUGUUGGGGAAUCUGAGUGGUUAGGCUCAAAAAUAACUCUCAGUUAGGAUAAUCCCACCAAAAUAUAGCAGAGUACAAGGAGUACCGAAAGGUCCCAGGUUCAAACCCCGGGAGCGAAGUGAGCAGCCGCUGUUAGCUCCAGUUCUGCCAACCUAGCAGUUCGAAAACAUGCCAAUGUGAGUAGAUCAAUAUGUACUGCUCUGGCGGGAAGGUAACGGCGCUCCAUGCAGUCAUGCCAGCCACAUGACCUUGGAGGUGUCUACGGACAACGCCGGCUCUUCGGCUUAGAAAUGGAAAUGAGCACUAACCCCUAGAAUCAGACAUGACUGGACUUAACGUCAGGGGAAACCUUUACCUUUUUACAAGGAGUAAACUCCAUAUCCAGCAGAAACGUAUGUGUAGUGAACAGGAAUAGCCUUUAGGAUGGCUAAAGAUUGCAUUCUUUAGGUUCAAGAAGUAUAUUAAAGUAAAAUGAAAUACAUUCUUGAUAGAAAAGUCUUGGAGCGAACUGAUGUGCUAAAUUUCAUCUUCUAAAGAAGGUUAAAAAGUUUUAAAAAAAAGUCAAUGCAGCUACCUUACCCAGUCUACUUUUACAACCUCUCUGUUUUAAUCCAUUAGUUCAUGUCAUUUGUUUCUAUUGGCUAAUGUUUAAAUUUUUAUAAUUGUGCAUGUCUCUUGUCUAUUGUUGUGUUUUAUAUUGCUAUUGUUUUUAUUCGGGCUUGGCCCCAUGUAAGCUGCCUUGAGUCCCCUUUGGGGAGAUAGAGGCGGGGUAUAAAAAUAAAGUUGUUAUUAUUAUUAUUA